AAGAGGGCGGGACGUGACACGGAUUUUGCCGGCCGCGGACGAGAUGCGGCUGUUCAAACGUCGCUGCUCGGAUCCCAGCCCGCAACUGGUGAGUCUGGCACCUCUCACCGUCGAAGACGACUUCGAGGACCCCAAACUCAAGUCCCGCUCGGGUCACUCCUCGCCAGCAAGGGCUCCAGCAACCCCUCUCACCGGAAUUCCACCCCCCGUACCGUCAGCUGCACUUUCAACGUGGGGCAAGAAGGUCGGCAAAAAGCUCGACAAAAUGAAGAGAGCCGACUCCUCGGAAAUCCUCUCAUCCGCGGGGCGACGGAAAAAUUGGAGCCCGAGCCCAGUUCCUAGCAACAUGCCGAACGGCCAGACCUCCAGAGCGAAACGCAUCUCACGAGUGGAGUCCCUCCGGAACCUCUUCUCCCGCGGCGGUGCCAACAACCACGCCGUCAAAAAACCCACCAAGCCCUGCGAGAACGAAGAAUGGCUCAAAGAGGAAUGCCAGAGAGGCAUCACGGAUCUCUACCAACUGGACAAAGUCCUCAUGCCGAACCGCGAGAGACACUCCGGAAAAACCUCCAACUCCCGGCGAAGAGUGCUAUCCGAGAGCGUCACAGAAAGUUUCCUCGAGGAGCAGUAUCUAGUAGAAUACCUGCUCAGCCACAAGAACACUAUGGGACUCAGCGACGAGAACCACAACCUGGAAAAAGGCUUGAAGACAUUGAGCUACGACGAUCUGUUGACAGCUUUCGAGACUUUAAAAGAGAGGGAUCGGAUCAAAGCGCAGAACAGUCGGCUGUCGGGAACAGCGUUGGAUCUGUGGAAGCGGAAUAACGAUAGCGGGGGCGUCAUCCCGAACGGCUCAUUUAAUUACUUAGACUCGCUAACCCGGGAGGGUGGCAAUUACGACAGACCGAAAACCAAUCGGUCCGCGAGCGAAGACUGUGAUAAUAGGUCGCCGAAAUUCCCGAAAGUUCAAUUUAAAUCGAACUGUAAAUCAGAGUCGGACGCGGGUCUUUACUCGAGUGUGGAAAGCUCUGUCAAUAAUCUCGGCAAGAUCCUUACGAAUAUGCUCUAUGUCAAGGCGGACGAGAGUGGGUACGAAAGUGAUUCGACGAAAAAUGGCGCCGAUUCGCCACGCAAUUCGAUGAAAUCCACGGCGUCUACCUGUUCCAACGACCCCGCCAUCCUAUCUAGUCAUGCUCCCCGCAAGAACUGCUGUCAACCGGAGCAACUCGUCAAAUGUGAUGACGCCAAGCUUGUGCUCAACCAUGGCUCGGUUGAUCCCAAAUUUUUGGCGGUGGAGCCGGGGAUCAAGUGCAAUAAAACGGAUGAGGAGAAGCUUUCGCUCUCGAAGAUUCAUGUGCCGAGAUCGCGGUUUCUGUCGGCGCAGGAGGAACGAAGCUCGUGUGGCGGUCGGAAGUCCCGAUGCGACUCGAGGUCCAACCCUGAGGAUCGGUCGUCCCUCCUAGGCUCAAAAUUCGCUCAGAUGGAUGGCCGAAAAUCCCAUCCAGGAUCAAUUCCGAGCCCAGACCACCAAACCUUCAGACGCAACUCAAUAUCCAGCAUAGAAGAACGUGGCUUCAGACUCCGUUCCGUCCUCGAGCCAGAUAACUCGAAACCGCCCACGAACAACCGAAGAACGAUCGUCGACAUCGUGGCCAACCGGUCGCCGGUGAGGGACAUCGGUGGCGUUUCCUAUCUACGGCACUCGACCUUGGAGCUCCCGGUCGAGGGGAGGUACCAGCCGGACAGGGUGGUGUCCAACAAGCAGGUUUUCCAAGACUCUCUAGUAUGUAAGAACUGCAAGCCGCUGCAGAAGUCGCUCGAGGGUGCGGCCUGGCCGGCGUGUCAGUCGAGCCUCUACUACCAGUUCCUAAAAAACCGGAGCUCGAAGAAGCCCCCUGCUAAUCCGACGACAAGGACGGCGACGAGCUCGAGUGGGGGUAGUGUCAAGCAGAAGGAGUUGAAGAGGAUACGGCUCAUGAAGGACGAGACCGGUGAGCUGGGGAUCUACAUCGAGCGCCAGGACCCUUCUAGGUCUGCAGCAUCGUCCUUCAUGAUCUCCUACAUCGAGCCCAAUGGAGUUGUCGACAGUACACUUUCUGUACACAGACCUUUCCUAUCGAGCAGUCGGAGCUUCAGCAACGUUUCAGCGGCAGACAGCAACGCGGAACAAGUCAAAAGCAACGAUGCAACGCACCGUGUCAGUUCCAUCGGCGAGGAGCUCUCCAAGAAACCGCCACUACCUCUCCCGAAAUUCUCAUCCAGCAAGGUCGCGCAAGAGGCGAACGGAGAUGACCCUCCACCGGUCGUCGAACCCGUCACGGGGAUGAAGAAAUUCUCGUGUCGACCGCGGGCGCCACCCCCUCCGGCAGCGGCCCCGCCCCCCGUCUCAAGGCACAACUCCCUCAACAUGUCUGUGUUCACCAUAACCUACGAGAAGGGUCGGGGGAAGAAAUCCCUCGGUUUCAGCAUCGUUGGCGGAUGUGACUCUCCGAAAGGGAAUCUGGGGAUUUUCGUCAAGACCAUUUUUGCCACCGGUCAAGCGGCCGAGGAGGGCUCCUUGCAGGAAGGGGACAAGAUAUUAGCUGUAAACGGUGAAUCGCUGGAUGGAUUAACUCAUAGCGAAGCAAUUGCAAUUUUCAAGGAUAUCAAAAGUGGGCCUGUGAUUCUUCACGUUACAAGAAAAGAAACGGGCCGGAAUUGAUAGUAAUGAGCUUUUUUAGACCAAAAAAAAAAAUUAUACCUCAUUUUACACUAUGUAUGUUUCACUUAAAAUUUGUCAAAGUCAAAAAUUAAUGAAGUCAAUUUUCUACAUAAAAAAUACACAACUAAACUGACAAUGUUUUCAAUAAAAAAAAUAAAACUUUAACGCUGCAUCGA